ACCAGACUCGACCACGUCUGCAUAUCAGGGGAAAACCACGAUAUUUAAUUACUAGUCACACACUCGCGUCCUCCUUGAGAGUUAUCUCAGUUGUGCUUCGACGCUUGACAAAGAUACAGUCUGCUUAACUUUCUAGCGACUUUAAUUAUGGCUUCCCCAAUUCCUGCUGGGUUUCAUGCCUUGCCACUGUCAGCCAUACAACUCUCUCUAGCAGCUGUUUUGAAAUGUGGCCAGUCAUUUCGUUGGACAUGUUACCCCCUACCCUCGUCUUCUGAUACAGAAUCAUUUCCUACUCACGAGUACCGUCUGUGCUUGAGGGACCGUGUAGUAUGCUUAAGACAGUCUUCCGACUAUCUUUUCUAUCGCUCUGAGAGAGUUAGCGACGAAGAAACGUUGAUUUGGCUCAAGGACUAUUUUCAGCUCGACGUCGACUUGGUGAAGCUUUACGACCAGUGGAGUGACCGAGAUCAAGUCUUUAAUAACCUUAGAUCUCGCUUUUCUGGAAUCCGGAUAUUGAGACAAGAUCCUUGGGAGAACCUGGUAUCUUUCAUUUGCUCUUCUAACAAUAACAUACCCCGGAUCACCAAGAUGGUGCACGCUCUUUGCAAACAGUACUCUCCUUCCCUGAUUUCCUUGCCACCUCCCGAGAUCAGUGAAAGUGACUCCCAAGAUCAUGCGGCGUAUCACCCCUUUCCCCCGCCCUCUCUCCUUGCUGUUCCUGAAGUCAAGUCCACUCUUCGGGGUUUGGGCUUUGGCUACCGUGCUGAUUAUAUUCAGCGCACUGCGAAAAUGCUUGUGGAUACUCACGGUUCCUCGAUGUCCAACUCGGAGUCACGAGAGAACUGCGAAGAGUGGUUGACCGGAUUGAGAGACAUGAGUACCGAAGCUGCUCGUGAAGAACUUUUGAAGUUUGUUGGCGUAGGACGCAAGGUAGCAGACUGCGUUCUUCUCAUGAGCUUGGACAAAAAAGAAGUAAUUCCAGUGGACACUCACGUUUACCAGAUUGCUAUCAAGCAUUAUGGGCUGCGCACCAUAGGCGGCUCCAAAGGAAAAGGUGUCAUGACCCCCCGAAUCUACGAUGAAGUGGCUACUAAGCUUGCCGACAUUUGGGGUGAAUAUGCCGGUUGGGCCCAUUCUGCACGUAUCUAUUCGAAGUUGCCUUUCUUUUUUCAAGUGCUUUUCACCGCGGAUCUGAAAGCAUUCUCUUCGUUCGGCAUCGAACCACCGACGCCUGCUACAUCUAUCAUGGAUGUGGGUACCUCGGCGUUGGUAUCGUCGUCGUCAUCCAAACGAAAACAUAGCGAGACUCGGAACGAAGUUGAGGUGCAGAGAAAACUCAAGUUGAUGGGUGUUGCUGUAGCUGCUAUAGCCGCUGCUGCCACUGUCAUCGCUGCCGUACAUGAUGACCCGAGUUGGCUGGAGGAUGACUCGGAUGACCUAAGCUCGGUUGACUCGGAGGAGGAUGCAAGUUCACCCACCAGCAGGCGAGUGAAGAGAAGGAGACGAAGUUUUGAUCGAUAGAUGUUUUCUAAAUCUAAGAUGGCGUCCAUGGGCGAUAUAUAUUAGAUCUAUGUUCCUGUAGAAGUCUAUAUUGCUCUUUUAGUGUCGUCCACACUUGUUCAAGUUACAGUACUGAGCAAGUUGCACCGCGUUCAAGUUGGUGCACUAGCUCUGGAUGUCAACCAUGUCACCUGAGCUAUUCA